AUGACGGGCACACGCAGCGUCCCUCUUGCCUCCCUCUUUGUCCUCCUCCUGUAUGUGUUCACGUCACACGCGCAACUGACGGCGAACUUCUACUCGUCGAGCUGCCCCAACUUGGAGACUAUCGUGCAAAGUGCCACGCAAACGGCCGUCGGGAACAACCCCCGCACGCCUGCCUCCCUGCUCCGCCUCUUCUUUCACGACUGCUUCGUCCAAGUAAGCGCACGCACAGACUACUGUACAUGACAAACAGCCGGUCCCUCGUCACAGCGCCGCAACGGUUCUAAUCGCUGGCCCACUUGUGGUCCUGCAGGGCUGCGACGGAUCGGUGCUCUUGAACGACACCCAGACGUUCGCCGGCGAGCAAGGCGCCCGGGCGAACAGAAAACUUCAAGCCCUGGACGUCAUCGAGAAGAUCAAGUCCACCGUCGAGGCGUCGUGCAACGGCGUCGUGUCAUGCGCCGACAUCCUGGCCCUCGCCACCAGGGACGGCGUCGUCCUGGUGAGUUCUUCGCCUCGACAUCGUUAGGAUGGUCCCCGUCGAUUCUCCGGCGACCAAAUUGACAGUCUAACCAGAAGAGGCUGGCUUCUUCGAUGCAGAGCGGAGGACCCUCGUGGACGGUGCCCCUCGGGCGGCGGGACGCCACAACGGCCAGCCUGAACGAAGCCAACAUCAACCUCCCUGGUCCGUCGUCCAGCCUCUCUAGCCUCAUCACCAGGUUCGCCAGCAAGGGCCUGAGCUUACAGGAACUCGUGGCCCUAUCCGGCGCGCACACCGUCGGCUUCGCCCCCUGCCGCGCCUUCCGAAACCGCAUCUACAACGACGUCAACAUCGACCCCAUCUUCGCCAACUCCACCAAGGCCAACUGCCCGGUUUCUCCUCCGAACGGAGACGAAAAUCUCUCGCCGCUCGACGUCAGCACCCCGACUGCCUUCGACAACGCCUACUACACAAACCUCCUAUCCUUCCGGGGUCUCCUCCACUCCGACCAGGAGCUCUUCAGUAACGGCUCCGCGGAUUCCAUCGUCCAAAGCUACGCGGCCAGCAGCUCCGACUUCUUCACAGACUUCGCGGCGGCGAUGGUAAAGUUGGGCAGCAUCGACCCCCUCACCGGCUCCAACGGGGAGAUCAGGCAGAUCUGCAGCACGGUGAACUGA